UACCAGGUAGUCAUUACGUGGCGUUCAAAUAUCGAAGGGGAAUCCUCGUGAAAUAUACAAAUAUCUACCAAAAAUCAAUUCCUUAAUUCCGAUCGACCACAAAACACUCGGCUUUUGUUGCAAAUAUGGAUAAGUUACUUGUCGUGAAGUCUUGAUACAAGCAGAACAGGUAUUGCUCGCUUCAAUAUGGUUGGCAGAAUUUCGUUUCGCUGGCUGGCUUUGCCAUCUUUCAUUCGAGUUCCAUUCCUACACAGCACACAUCAAGUCAUUGACAACCAAACUGGAAUAAUAACUCGUUCAAGCUUUCAUGCUACUCAUCAUAGCCAUUUUAAGUACUUUAUUCUAUUCAUUAUCCUAAUGAUAUUCCUGGUAGCUUUGUACUUCACUGUGGGUUACAGAAAACAUCGUUCGUCAUAUCAUAAACGCUUUAACCUUGCUGUAUCAGAAGAGCACGUUUUGGAUGCUAAAUAUCAUUAUGGGAUUGUAAUAGACUGCGGUAGUAGUGGCUCUAGGGUGUUUUUAUAUUACUGGCCUCCACAUAAUGGCAAUCCUGAAGAACUAUUAAAAAUAAAACAGUUGAAAGAUCCACGUGGAAACCCUGUCAGGAAGAAAAUUAAGCCAGGUAUCUCAACCUAUUCCACAAAACCUUUCAAUGCAUCUGAAUAUCUUGAACCUUUAUUGGACUUUGCUGCUAGUCACAUACCAAAGGAAAAACACCAAGAAACACCUCUGUAUGUCCUGGCUACUGCUGGUAUGAGACUGUUGUCAGUCAAACAACAAGAAGCUAUUCUAAAAGACUUAACUGYUGAUAUACCUACCAAGUAUGAAUUUCAUUUUACAUCAUCGCAUGCUGAAGUUAUCACUGGAAAACAGGAAGGUAUCUACUCUUGGAUUGGAGUGAAUUUUGUGUUAGGAAGAUUUGACCACUCACAUGCCCAUCAAGAAAACCCAACCACAACAGGCGGCUCAGAAGCGCCUCGCAAGGCAACUGUUGGUGCUUUAGAUAUGGGAGGAGCCUCUGCACAAAUUGCUUUUGAAGUCCAAAAAUCUACAUAUGUUCCAUCAGAUCUCUUGGCUGAAGUUAAUCUAGGUUGUGAUUCCCACGAGACUAUUCACAAUUACCGUGUCUAUGUAGCUACCUUCCUUGGGUUUGGYGGCAACGCGGCCAGAGAAAGAUAUGUAGAUUAUGUACUGACAAAUAGAACGGAGGAUUAUGAUAAAACGUUAGGUGCUUACACUGAUCCUUGUUUACCACUGGAAUACCACGAARAAAGUACCAAUAGAGGAAGGAAAUAUCAUUUCAUAGGGACAGGAGACUUUCUUCAAUGCAAAAAGAACAUUUUCCCUUUACUAAACACCUCUGUGCACUGUUCCAAAUCUCCAUGUUCGUUUAAUGGUGUGUAUCAACCUCAAAAUACCAAUAAGGAAUUCUAUGGCUUCUCAGAGUAUUGGUAUUCUAUGCAUGAUGUGUUGAGGAUYGGAGGACAUUAUAAAGCAGAUAAGAUGACAAAAGCAGCCAAGGAUUUCUGCAGUACGAGAUGGAAUGUUCUGCGAAUGAGACACACCAAAGGACUAUAUCCUUUUGCUGAUAACCACAGGUUAAGAUAUCAAUGCUUCAAAUCAGCUUGGAUGACCACCAUGUUACAUCAAGGAUUUAAAUUUCCUCUUUACUAUGAUGGACUUUACUCUGCCCAGUUCAUAGAAGAUAAGGAAGUCCAGUGGACUCUAGGGGCCAUUUUAUACCGUACCCGAUUCCUUCCUCUAAGGGAGAUCCAGCACAACCAUCUUCAUUCACAGUAUUCCAGUAGCAAAAGCUCGUAUUAUUUCUUGACCAGUUACGCCAGUGAAGUAGAGUUUCGUGUCGUCUUUAUAUUCUGCUGUGUGAUCGUCCUAACAGCUAUUAUUCUUUUCUUCCGGCGAUUGCGACGCAUGAGCGGCAAGUCCUCCCACUCUUUAUUAUUAUGGAGCCGCAGUCCCUCCAAGUCAGCGGUAUACAGCAUGGAGUUAAUUCCCAGUAAUGAGAAUAUCCCGGUUUGAGUUAUCCUUCACUUUAAACCUUUCAAUUCUAAUAUUAAAAUCCCCUUUCUUCUUAGGUAAUGCAAAUACAAAUAAAUUUAUAUACACAGAUCAAUAAACUAUUUAAAAGAAGAAAAAAAAUUCUGUCCCGCCAUUUUGGAUACCGGCACUAUUAUUGAACUAUUUGCCGCCGCACUAUGGAAAACACAUGCGAAGCUUUGAAAGUUAUAUUAAUAAUUGAGAAAUUAUCUUCAGUUAUCGACACCGAAGUAUUUCAAUUGUUGUUCAAACCGUUUCGUUCCGAAUAAUUCCGAAAUUUAGAGAGCUCAGAGUUUCGAAAGUUCUAAUUCAGAGAUGGCCAGCCGUUAAAGGAAAAUAACUUAAAUGAUUUGCGCGAACCAUUGGAUUCAAUCAUUGCAUGAUAACUCCAUUAAGGCCUCGUGCAAACUGGAAAGUAAAAAUGAAUUUCAAAUUGAGA